CAGUAGACACUUCACUGUUUAACUUUUUUGUAGUGAAAGAUUGUGGCUCUUGUACUGCAAAGAAGAAAAGUCUGGCUCAGAGUACGAGUGGGACAAUUUUUUUUAUGAGGGUGAUAACAUAUUUGAUGACGUUGAUGGAAGUGAAGUGCGUCUGGAUCCGGAGGAUUUCCGAGAUUCAAAUGAUAAAGGGUGGUGACUCUUGUACUAACAAAAAGAAAACUUUGCCAGAAAGUAUGAGCGGGACAAAAGUUCGUGAUUGUGGUGAAACUGAAGUGGAUGUAGAACAGACAAUUGUAGAAGAUCUCAAUGGUAACAAGUGACACCCUUUGCAACUCAUAUAUUCAAAAAACAAGCUUUGCUUCUUAUCUCUAGCCAUAUCCCAGGACCCAGAUGUACUACAUUCAGUGUUUUCCAGAUUUAGUGAGUAAAAAGUUAAACUAUCUGAAAGGAUAGCAAAUGAUUAAUGACACAGAAAAUGUGAGGGAGCAUAUGUUCUAUAAUCCAAUGCAAUAGAGUACAUAAAAACUAGUAUUGUUGCAGGCUUGCAG